AUGUCAGUAUCGUAAGAACAAAAGAUUUCAUCAACCUCCACUCUUAAGGAAGAAUAAAUUCCCUAAAAAUAGUAGUGCCAAAUAUCAAAUUUACUAAGAAGAAAAGAUUUUAAAUCAGUUGUAAGAAUUUUACAAACUGAUAAAAAGUCAAGGUUAGGGCAUUUUCCUUUACUUUAGAACAAAUUAUCAAAAGCUGAAAUAUGAAAACUAACUAUAUCAUGUUGGUUAAAAUCUAUGCAUAAGAGGAGACAAUAGAUCUAUAUAUGUGGCUAAGCUCAUUAAGAUUGUGAAACUACAUGAUGAUUAAGAUAAUUGUUUACCUUUUAUUAAGGUAUAGUGGUUUUGUAGAAAAACUGAGUUGUUGGGCUUAUCUAAGGAUUAUUUAGAUUGUAUUUCAGAUAAUGAAGUUUUUAAAACUAAUGAAUUUGACUAUAUAGAAAUUGAAAGCAUAGUUGGAUUAGCUAUUAUUUUAAGUUAUGAAGAAUAUGAUUAAAUAGAAGAGUUAAAUGAUAAUGUAUACUUUAUGAGAGCUACAUAUAUAAAUGAUAAGUUAUAGCCACCUUUUGAUUAAUGGAAUAAGGUUUGUAUUUGUAAAAAGCCUCCUAAUCCAGAUUUAAAGUAACUAUAUAUUAUUAUAAUAGGUAUAUUUUUUGUGAGAUGUGCUAAAAAUGGUUUCAUUUGAAAUGUGUAGGAUUAAGUUAUGAUCAAGCAGACAGAAUAAAUAAAUACAUAUGUCCUGAAUGUAAGAACUGA